AUGGCCUUCCUAUCGAACUACCUGGAUUUUUUGCUCAGCAAGGCGCUACGACCAGAAGAGGGUGUACAUCCAGACACGGACCCGCGUUUGAGCCAUGGGGACAUCUUCAUCUUGGCCGCCCGCGCGGAUAAGCAUGAUCUAGCAAAGACUGCGAUUGAAAGGAUUCCUUAUUACUUUGAUCGGUCCUUCGUGACCGAAUACAGUGACUUGCGGCCGCUAUUCACUCAUUGGUGGCACCCCGAGGGCAAUGAUCACCCGGUCUUCCCUGCUUUCCCGCCGAAGGCGUUUGCAGCGACCCCUCGCAAAUAUAUGUGGGCUCUCAUGCAAGUGGGCAGUGCGCAAAUCAAUCAUUCGGUGCGCGGGAAACGGUUCAGGCGGCUUUUAGGUGAUCACCAGUCUCGGUGCGCGGAACCUUGA